ACUACGGGCCAAGCGCUGGGGCAGAUACAAGGCGACGGAUUUGGACGCGGAAUUGCACACGCCUUCCGGACGGGAUCCCUCCGAGGCCGAAGACUGAUUUCUUGAAAAUAUGCGUCUGGGGGAUCAUCACGUUGUCUCAGAUUCCUUGUUUUUGUGCUGCCACCGGAAAAUCUGGUUACGCUCUGGGGAGAGGCGAGUCCUCGGUAACUGAGAUGAGGGGCGAGUCAGAGCGGCCACACCAUGAAUAGGUACACGACGAUCAAGCAGCUCGGAGAUGGAACCUAUGGCUCCGUCCUCCUGGGAAGGAGUAUCGAGUCUGGAGAGCUCAUCGCCAUUAAGAAGAUGAAAAGGAAGUUUUAUUCCUGGGAAGAAUGUAUGAACCUUAGAGAAGUUAAGUCCUUGAAGAAGCUCAACCAUGCCAACGUGGUAAAACUGAAAGAAGUUAUCAGGGAAAACGAUCACCUCUACUUUGUCUUUGAGUACAUGAAGGAAAACCUUUACCAGCUGAUGAAAGAAAGAAACAAGUUGUUUCCUGAAUCCGCCAUUAGAAAUAUCAUGUAUCAAAUAUUGCAGGGACUUGCAUUUAUCCAUAAACAUGGCUUCUUCCACCGAGAUUUAAAACCGGAAAACCUCCUUUGCAUGGGGCCGGAAUUGGUGAAAAUAGCAGAUUUUGGAUUGGCCCGAGAAAUCCGGUCGAGACCUCCUUACACGGAUUACGUGUCUACGAGAUGGUACCGUGCUCCGGAAGUCCUCCUGCGAUCCACCUGCUACAGCUCGCCCAUCGACAUCUGGGCCGUCGGCUGCAUCAUGGCGGAAGUUUACACCCUGAGGCCUCUCUUUCCAGGCGCCAGUGAGAUCGACACAAUAUUCAAAAUUUGCCAGGUCCUGGGAACACCCAAAAAGAACGACUGGCCCGAAGGCUACCAGCUUGCAGGCUCCAUGAACUUCCGCUGGCCCCAGUGCAUCCCCAACAACCUCAAAACCCUGAUUCCAAACGCCGGCAGCGAGGGGAUCCAGCUCAUGAGAGACAUGCUCCAGUGGGACCCCAAAAAGCGACCGACAGCGAGUCAGGCCCUGCGCUAUCCCUACUUCCACGUGGGCCACCCACAGGUCAGCACGACACAGAGCCACAAGGACCUGGGGAAGCAGGAGUUUCAGAAACCGGUAGCCUCUUCCCACAUGAAGCCGGUCCCGCCUGCCCAGCCUCCGACCAGACCCCCUCCUCGGCUCUCCUCCAGGCCGUACCAACCCAGCCAGCCCCCGCAGCGUCUGGCAAACCAUUAUAAAGCGGAAUCUUCACCAGUCGAUCCCGUGGACCAUUUACGAGAGGAAAAGCCCAAUUCCCUGCUCCUCCCGGCUCUCCACAGCAAAAUGGCUCAGCAGAAAAUCCCAACAGUCCCGGCCCACUCCAACGGUGAAAUCCAACCAAAGAGCAGGAGGCUAUGGGGCCGCUUCGGCCGGGUCCUGAAGGGUCCCGAGGACUGCUGGGAUGACUUGGAUGACCUGGACUUCGGCCUGUCCCUCGCCAAGCCGAACGUGAAAAACAAGAAAAGACAGAGCGAUGAGGCGCUGUGCCGGUUUGAGAGUGUUUUGGACCUGAAGCCUUCAGAUCCUGCAGGGACCGGCAGCAGCGCUCCCGCCCGGCCUGCCCUCCCACAGCAGGACCCCCCGACGUCGCGAUCUGCGGCCAAACUGCACUACCUGAAGCACUCGAGGUAUCUGCCUGGGAUAAAUACAAGGAAUGGCUUAGUCCCAAAUCCAAGCAAAGAAGUUUUUUCAGCUAAUCCCUGGCCCGGUUCUGGUUUGCAUGGAAAAUCUCCAAGUGCAGAAUCAGGAAUCAACAAACUGAACUUGGGGUCCAGUGGCCUGGCUGGCGUCUACAUUCCGUCUUUCCUGAAGAAAGAAUUCGGUUCUUCUGGGCAGAGGGUUCAACUAGCACCAAUCACCGAUCCUUCUGCGGGCUACGCUACCCUGAAGCCUGCCAGACCUCUGGGGAGACCACCCUUUCACACCCAGUCCAGAAGCACCCCGAAUUUAGCGCCCCGGCCCCCGGCGGCACAACCGGUCCACGGGCGCAUCGACUGGUCUUCCAAGUACGCGCCUCGGCGGUGACGGCCAGACGCCCCGCAGCCCCAAACGGAGGGGAACUCGUCGGACGAUUCUAGGGAAUGAGACUGUUCCGUCUCCAGCGAGCGUGGGAUCCAAGGACAAGAAAAGCACAUCGCUGUUACCUUCUUCAAGCAAAGCAUUUCAACAUUCCUUUUCUAGGUUGUUUUGAAUACCCGUGCGAAUGCCACGUUGUCCCUUUUAUUUUUUGUUUUUGUACAGAGUUAUUUUUUUCCUCUAACUGGGUCCGGUUAUUUUCGCAAACCGCCACUUUUUGUAUAUGGAAGUUAGGUUUUUGGCUUUUUCUACGGUAAAUUUUGUAACACAACUUUUUUAAAACCAAAUGAGUUUUUCCCUUUUGGGUUGCGUUAAUAUUUUAUACAAGGAAAGAAAUGUAACGAUACUGAUGCAGUAUUGCAACCGAGGUGCAAUUUCGUGCUAGGUGAGAAAGGGCAGUCACCAAAUACGCAGGGGGGUUUGUGAGAUGGUCGGUUGAAUGCGACACAUUAUGUCUGCUUCCAGAAGUUGCCCGAACUCUAGGCCGUAGGCGGCCAUCGCCUUUGUUUUUAACAAGAUGGGUCCUUCUGAGGGGAGGGGAGAGGAGGAUGGCUGUGAGAUCGGGUCAUCACUCAGGUUCUGGCAACGAGGUCUCUCUUUUCAAAAACAAAGUUAACUCGGAAAUUUUAACUCUCGCCUCCACCCCUCGCUCUCCAAAGAAUUAGCAGCCACAGCAACCAGGAGGGUGGCCUCGGCAAAGGACUCUUUGGCCACUUCCGACAGAAUUCUGCGAGCAGCCCAUCCCGGGUCCGGUGGAUACAGACAUAAUGUCAUCCUCCGGCUUCGCCUACUUCUUCCGGACAAUCCGCUGGGCCAAGAGAAGAAGGCGUGGGUCUGCUUUUCCAAGAAAUAGUUUACAGUGGCGUCUCUCCCGCGAUGUGCCACGCUGACCCUGACCGUUUCUCAUUUUCAUAACAAUGAAGAGAAGACAAGCUGUAUUUAUCUGGCAAAGACUGUUCCUCCGAGAGGAAUGCUUAAGGCAAUAUGGACGACGACAAAGCUGGUUUGUAGACAGAAAAUAAGGCGGCGACGGGACCCAGUCUGAGUCCCAUCUUCACACGGUUUGUCUGCCUUCUCCGGAGGUGUCCAUCGAGGCAGGAGAAAAUGGCCCUUGGCUGUCCAGUCUGUCGAGGGAGUUGCACUCAUAGCUCCCCUCUGCCCUGGUUGCCAGCCCCCUCUGGCCCCAGAGGUGUCAAUUCCAAAUGGCGUAGCUUGGCCCCAGACCCUGGAGUCCUGUACAGGUUGGGCUGCAGCCAGGGCCUGGACCACAAGGACCAGCCCUUUGGGUGCCCCCCCCCGUGUCCCCUCAAGUUGAGCCUCCUUCUAGGGGUGCUGCAGUGCGUGUGCAGUGUUUGUGCUCGUGGGCGGGUGACCCCAGGAAAGCUGGGGGUCGCAACUCCGAGAUGCCCUUGGGGAGAACCGUACAUACCCAGCAGCACCCAGAGAAAAAUCCCCGGGCCAUUUCCGAUCCUCCCCGACCGGACUCGCUUCUCAUCCGGAUCGAAACCGGUCUGGCCCCGGAUUUGGUGGUGGUCCACGCGGCCCGUAUGAGGGGAAGGCCUGCCUCAGCGCGUGGAAACCAGCACUCCCCCUCCUCCCUCCAGCAGGCCUCCAGGGGAACGCAGAGCAGCGCAGAAUGGAAUGAGUGUGGAUCGGCUCUGGAGCCGGUAGCAAACCAGCAGCAGCGUUUAAGAAAUAGAUAGCUCUACCUAUGAAUAUGCAAGCAACUUCUUGCAGCUGAAUUCAUCCAUUCAUUUUAUUUUAUUGUUGACCCAAUCCAAAUGUUUUUCCAAGAUAGGUGAAUAUUUAUUUAUCAUUCUAUAUUAUAAAGCUCAAAUUUCUAUGAAGAGUAUCAUAAACUGACUUUUUGGAAAGCUA